CAUAAAUUUUCAUUAUUUUGUGUAUCAUUUUAGAAAUUAUGUUUCAGGUGCCUCUAUUUCAACACAUGGAUGAUUUGGUCCUUGAGAACAUAUGCGACCGGGUGAAAUCCCUUAUAUUCACAAAGGGAGAAAUAGUAAGUUUUACUAGCCUGCCUCCUUUAAAUAUUAAAUACCCUCUAAUAAAAAUUCCUAAAGAAUAUAGAAAAAAUAUGAAAGUACAAAAAUACUAAUAUGAAAUGACAAUUACCACAUUGCCACCACGUGAAAUUAUUUAAAUUUUCUAUAUUAUUGACAUGUUUUGUGUGAGAUACGCUAACAUUUUUCACACACACCUAAAUGGCAUUCUAGGCCUUGCAAAAGACUAUGUUAGGAAGUCGAGUUGUUGUAUUGUGGUCUUAAGGUCCACCUUUGAAAUGUGGACUUUCUCAAAUAUUUUUCAUAGACUCAUAUAACAAGGCCCUCUACAGAUAACAAUUUGGUGAUGUACUAACUUCUAUAAAAUGAACUUGAACCUAAGGACCACAAAAGAGUUUGCCUAAAAAGUCAUUAACUAUAUGAGAAAUCAUGUCAAAACUCUCACUAAAUUUUAAAUUUAGGGCAUAUCUUCAAACAUGUUUUUACUCUACCCCUUUGUCCAUUAGAUUCUUAACUCUUACCUUUUUAUUCAUAUUAUUCAAAACAUUACAAUUCCAUCCUUAGAAAAAAUAAAGUAAUAUAGUCUUGUCAUCUCUUAUUUUAUCCAUAUAACUCUUACCUUUUUUAUCCAUAUAACUCUUAUUUUAUUGUUUCUAUCAUUUUACUCCACCCCCUAUGUUUAUAGACUUUUACUAAUUUUAUAAAGUAAUAUAGUCUUGUCAUCUAUUGUUUUGUAGAACUUUUCAAGUACUUUUUUACUAUAUAAAUUUUAUUUUUAAACUUUACACCUACAUCCAAAUAAAUCGAAUCGAAAAAAAGUCGGUUAAACUUCGUAACGCGUAUGGGAAAAUCUAUGACAGACAGAGAGAGUAUUUUAUCAAUAGUACUCUCAAGAGUAAAAUGGAAAUUACACAUUAGUAUUUCAUAUGUCAUAAAUAUUAUGAAAUUUUCUGUCAAAAAUGCAAAGGGAUGUAGGGGUACAUAACUAGCUAAAAAUGUCCUAUUUUAAGAAUAUGCUAACAAUAUCAUUGAACAUUCAAACUUCAAGAAUGUAGCAAGAAUACCUAGUUAAAAAUAAUAUAUAGAUUAAACAACGAAUCAAGCGAGAAUAGCAUGAAAUUAUAUAUGGGUAUGAAGGUUGGCCAAUUAAAUCUAACACAAGACAAAAUUUGUAGAUCGAACAAGCAAAUACAGAACAGAGAUGCUAUAGCACUAAUAAUAAGCACACUAAACAAAUAAGGUGUUAUACCAUCUAAUAUAUAUGUCUCAAGAAUUUAGGAAGAUAAUUAAAAAGAAGUAAACGACACAGUAGUUUGUUUACGCAGUUCGGACCAAAUUCUCUUACGUCUGUCAGGCCCAAGUCCAUGUAUAAGUCCUCCACUAAAUCAUCGUAAAAGAUUACACAAAUAAAUCAAAAUAUAACGUCUCUUAAUGUUUUGAUCAAUCAACUUUCAAAUGACAUUCUGACUUCAAACUCUGUUUGAGUAUUUGUACUUGGAUUGUUACACCCUCUUCAAGUUCUACUUCAAGGACGUGCUCGCAGCCAUUCUUCCAGCACAACGAUGUAGUCAACAGCUGGAUCAAUUGAUGAACAAGACCAUCACACAUAGUGAAAGAGUUCGUCAAGUUGCUCCCAGGACCUUGACGAUUUCAAGAAUAUUAUUUUGUCAGUCUCUUCCUCAUCGCUUUCUAACGGCUGGCCUUUUAUAUCACUUCUAGUGGUGUUUGAGCAUCAUGAGUAUCAUCUUUUGAUUUUGGGUGCAAUUGAUCAUCUACAACAACAUUUGUUGACUCCAUUAUAGUUCUGGCAUGGUUUGCUUCUUAUAGACUCUAAAGGCUUUGCUGUUUGGAAAGUAACCAACAAAGAUAGCCUCAUAACUUUUAGGAUCAAACCACCCUCUUUGUUCACAGUUGCGGAGUACAUAACACUUUUCUCAAAAGAUGUGAAAGUGUGUCAUAUUUGGAGUUUUAUCCUUCCCCAAUUCUUAAGGUGUUGCCUUAGUCACAAUUCUGAGAUAUACAUCAUUUAUGGUGCAACAAGCUGUAUGCAAAGCUUUGGCCCAAAAACUUUGAGGGAGGUUAGUUUUCUUUAUGAUGGUGAGAGCGAUGAAUGGAAUAUGUCUAUUUUUUCUUAAUAGAACACAUGUAGUUGAUGUGUCGAUUUGAGUGGUGGUGGUGCCUGGUGAAGAUUUAGUUCCAACCCCUCAUCACAAAUUAGGCUCAUACCCAGAAAAUUUACUUGAAGUCCUUGAACCAAAUACAUGUUUUUAAUUGGUGGAUUUUUAGAGAUAUUAAGGAUGCCAUUUUAAAUAAUUCUACCAUGAGCACCUCCCCCAAAUUUGACAUUUCCACCUUUCACAAUCUGAAGAAUUGAUACGACCUGAAGAAUUGAUAAAUUCUCCUUCUCACCAAUCAUAUGGUAUGAGCACCCACUAUUUAUGACCCAUUGAUCAGGUGUGAGUUUGAAACAUGAGUUAGCAAGUGAUGUAGUAUGUUUAGGAUUCCACAUCAUUAUCAUCUUUUUGAAAGUUUUGGUGGAAGGUCUUCUCCUCGUUCUUAUAUUUUUUAGCUUCUAGCACUGCUUCUUGAUAUGUCCUCACUUCCUGCAAUAGGAAUAAAUGUUCAUGUAUCAAUUUUUGUGAUGGUGCCUUUUGGUGUUGAACUAAUGGUGUUGAUUAUUUCUCAUGUCACGUUGUAUCAUUUUGAUGUUCUUUUUCCUCACAGAAGGCUUUACAAUGUGCUUGAAAUCUUCCACUUUGACCUCAAGAGACUGAGCAUGGGAUUUUUUGUGGUGUUGUGCUAGAGCGGUGUGGGGAUGGAGUUUGUCCUCUGCAAGACUAAACAAGUUGUGCCCUAAGAAGGACCAUGUUCAUCCCCCGCUCAAAGCUCCCUUCCCUUGGUUGCUUUGUGCGGGAAUUUAGCUCCUCCCUGAGGGGCACUUGAGAUGACCUGGCCUUCAAGGGGCGAGGUGGUCAAGUAGGAUCCACGGAAGGAUCAAGCGUCAUGAGGCCCUCUUUAGUCUUUGAGAAUCCUCCUUUAGGAUUCGUCCUCUACUCUUUCUCUCUUUAGAGUGCCCUCCCAAAGUGAGUACUUUGGGAUUUGUCUCCCCCUGUAACAAGACACAUAAGAGCUAGCCUCUAAGAGAAAUAGAAUUGUGCCGAGUGACCUCUUUAGGCAAAAUAGCAGAACGUACACACUGGGCAUACAACAUGAAACAUUCACGAACAAUCUAAGUCGUAGAAGCAAAUCUCACACAAAUACGAGCUCAAAUCACACUCAAAUAAGUAGAUGUAACCAAAAUCAGAUGCGAGCUAGGCCAUGGGA